CGCUCCGGGGAGCCGCCUCCGGUUCGGUUUCCCCCCCCCAUCUCCGCUGCGCUCCGGGCGGAUCCUGGAUCUAUCGGAGCAGCACCGGGAGAGCUGAGAGUGCAGGAGGGGGGUCCCGACCUCGGGCCGAAGAUCCUUAUCCUACCCCGGGGGGGUCGCACUCAGCGCCCACCGUGCCCGCAGCCGCCUUGAGCCGGGGAUGAGGGAGCGCCGGGGGGGAUACGGCUCUGCCACGCAGCCACGCCGCAGCUAACGCUGGUGGGAGACCCCCCCACGGGCACCAUGCCUUCCUCCAAGACGGAUGGAGAGUAUUGGAUCGAUGGAUCCCACCGUGAGGCUGCACUGGAGGAUUUCUAUGUCGUGGGACCUGAAUUGGGACGGGGAGCCACCUCCGUGGUGUACAGCUGUGAGGAGAAGGGCACACGUAGCCCAUAUGCUGCCAAGAUCCUGAAGAAGACAAUUGACAAAAAGAUUGUGAGGACGGAGAUCGGGGUCCUGCUGCGCCUCUCGCACCCCAACAUUAUCAAACUGAAGGAGAUCUUUGAGACACCCUUGGAGAUCGCGCUGGUGCUGGAACUGGUGACAGGGGGAGAGCUCUUUGACAGGAUCGUGGAGAGGGGGUUCUACAGUGAGCGGGAUGCAGCCCAUGUGGUCAAGCAGAUCCUGGAGGCGGUGUCGUAUUUACAUGAGAAUGGAGUGGUGCACCGGGACCUGAAGCCAGAAAACCUGCUGUAUGCAGACCUGUCCCCCGAUGCGCCCCUAAAGAUUGGUGACUUCGGGCUCUCUAAGAUCGUGGAUGAGCAGGACACCAUGAAAACUGUCUGUGGGACGCCGGGUUAUUGUGCCCCUGAAAUCCUGCAUGGCUGCCCCUACGGCCCUGAGGUCGACAUGUGGUCGGUGGGUGUCAUCACCUACAUCCUGCUCUGUGGCUUCGAGCCUUUCUUCGACCCACGUGGGGAUCAAUACAUGUACAGCCGCAUCCUCACCUGCGACUACGAGUUCGUGUCCCCGUGGUGGGAUGAGGUUUCCCUCAAUGCAAAGGACCUGGUCAGAAAACUGAUCGUUUUGGACCCCCAGAAGAGACUGACGGUCUAUCAGGCUCUGGAGCAUCCCUGGGUCACUGGGAAAGCUGCUAAGUUUGCCCACAUGGACAGCACACAGAAGAAGCUGCAGGAGUUCAAUGCCAGGAGGAAACUGAAGGCUGCCAUGAAAGCUGUGGUGGCUUCCAGCCGCUUGGGCAACCACGGACACCACGACUGCUCCAGGAACCGGGGGGGUCCCAGGGGAAGGGGGAGCACUGAGGCUGCUGCUGCAUCCGAGGAGCUGGAGGGGUUCCCUGCUGUGCCCACUGUGCCCAUCAAUGGGGCGAGCUGCAGGAGCUGAUGGUGCCCGGCUUCCAGAGGGGCUGUCGGGGUGGCCAUAGGGAUGGCAGCAUGGGGUGCAUCCCUGUGCGUGUCCAUCCUCACCCCAUAGGGAAGCAGUGCUGGCGACUCCGUCUUCCAACAACAACAACAACCCACCAUCUUUUGGCUUCUGUGAUGAGAAUCCCAGCAGCUUGAAAACGAGAAGCAAACAGCAGGGAAACAAAAAGACACAAACAAACUCUUCCCAACAAAGAGUUCUCUCAACAACAGAGUCCUGUAAAUAGCCCUCAAAGGCAUCACUAUGGAGGGGUCUCCAGCCCCAUUGCACCCACCAGCCCCACUGCAGGGGGGAUAAAAGGGUCGGACCCCCCCCAAAUUUCUGCCUGCAGUUCCUUGGUGUCUUUAGGUGGUAGAUGAGCUCUGAUUUGUGCUUUAAUUUGUUCUGGUGUCCGGUUUGGGUGUGCUGUGUUGGGUUGGGAGGGCUGGCAGUGGGGUUUGAUGCCUCCAUUGGAUUCCAGUUAACACUGGUAGGCGUUCUUAGAUCAAUGGAGAUCAAUGGAGAUUAGUGAAGACUAAUGAAGACCAAUGGAGAUCAAUGGAGAUCAAUGGAGAUCAAUGAGGAUCAAUGGAGAUCAAUGGAGAUUAGUGAAGACCAAUGAAGACCAAUGGAGAUCAAUGGAGAUCAAUGGAGACCAAUGGCGAUCAAUGAAGAUCAAUGGAGAUCAAUGGAGAUUAGUGAAGACCAAUGGAGACCAAUGAAGACCAAUGGAGGUCAAUAGAGAUCAAUUAAGACCAAUGGAGGUCAAUAGAGAUCAAUUAAGACCAAUGGAGGUCAAUAGAGAUCAAUUAAGACCAAUGGAGGUCAAUGGAGAUCAAUGGAGAUCAAUAUCUACAGAGCAUUCAUUAGCCCUUGUAACACGUUAACGGUGCUGGGGACGAUGGGUUUAUCUUCAUUUCUGGUUGCUUUGGUUGGUUGUUUUUAAUGAAAUCCGGGUACAAAGUGCUUUGUGAGGUGA